CAGAGCAGGCCAAUCCGGACAUACACAUUAUCCUCUCCCCCUCAUCCAUAUCAGCACAGAAAUCUGCUUUGCUCCCCUGCGUCUCCCGCCUCGCCUCGCCCAGCCCAGCCCCUUUCUCCUCCUCCCCUCCCCUCUCUUCCCCGACCGCCGGGGAUGGCGACGAUGAGAUGCACCAACCACACCCUCCUCGGCUCGCCGACCUGCGUCGCGCGCCCGCGCCGGAGGUGCCCCGCGGUCGUGCGCGCCGCCGUCGCCGUCCAGGCCGAGGCGGGGCCCAAGGUCUCCCUCAUCCGGAUUGGCACGCGCGGGAGUCCUCUUGCUCUUGCACAAGCUCAUGAAACCCGUGAGAAGCUGAAGGCUGCACACACCGAGUUAGCCGAGGAUGGUGCUGUUGAGAUUAUCAUCAUAAAGACCACGGGGGACAUGAUCCUGGACAAGCCCCUGGCCGAUAUUGGAGGCAAGGGUUUAUUCACCAAGGAGAUAGACGACGCGCUCUUGCAGGGACGGAUUGACAUUGCGGUUCACUCGAUGAAGGAUGUCCCAACAUAUCUACCGGAAGGCACGAUAUUGCCCUGUAACCUCCCACGGGAAGAUGUGAGGGAUGCGUUCAUAUGCUUGACUGCAAAAACUCUUGCGGAUCUUCCUGCUGGUAGUGUUGUCGGAAGUGCUUCCCUGCGGAGGCAAUCUCAGAUUCUCUACAAAUAUCCAUCACUAAAAGUUGUUAACUUCAGAGGAAAUGUUCAGACAAGGUUAAGGAAACUUAAGGAAGGAGAUGUACACGCUACAUUGUUGGCACUGGCUGGACUGAAACGAUUAAACAUGGCGGAAACUGCAACAUCUGUAUUAUCAGUAGAUGAAAUGCUCCCAGCAGUUGCUCAAGGUGCUAUUGGAAUAGCUUGCAGGAGCAGUGAUGACAAAAUGAUGGAGUAUCUAUCUUCUUUGAAUCAUGAAGAUACCAGAUUAGCUGUUGCAUGUGAAAGAGAGUUCUUGUCUGUUCUUGAUGGUAACUGCCGAACUCCAAUUGCGGCAUAUGCUUAUCGUGAUAGUGAUGGGAAUUGUUCAUUCCGUGGGCUACUGGCUUCACCAGAUGGAUCUAUAGUAUAUGAGACAUCAAGAAGUGGAACAUAUUCCUUCGAUGACAUGGUUGCGAUAGGCCAAGAUGCUGGCCACGAACUGAAAGCAAAGGCUGGACCUGGUUUCUUUGAUGGCUUGCAAUAAAAAUCCACCACGCCCAGAUAGUGUUGAUUAUAUUUUUUUUUUAUCCUUUUUCUCAUAGUUAUGAUAGAAGUUGUACCACAUGGAGCUGUAUCAUUCAAAUUUGUAUUUGUAUCUCUGUUUUUUUUUAGCGCUGCGGGUUAGAACUUAGAACACGGUUCAGCGGUUUGUUAUCCUUCGAUUUUCAUCGGAUUCUGGAAGAGGCUUCUGCUCGCAGUCAUGUUGUAACAUUGUAAUCUGAUGUAAUUUUGCAGAUAUUUUCCUGUUUCAAGAAAUAAUCAGUUCUAAAUUCUGUUUGCCAA